AUGAGCCAGAUGUAUGACGACCAGUAUUAUGCGGCUUCGCGACGUCGCUCCGUUGCCACGCCUCCUCCAUCCCAUGAACCCCGUCACAGUCGAACUCGUAGCCAUAGUGUGCGAGUCAGCAACGGUACAGCCAGCACAAACACCAGUUUCUCCAGUGGUCGGAUGUCGGAAGCCACCAAUAUCACCCAGCCGCCUUCCUACUCAAAAAAAUUUGUCGUGGUUGGAGAUGGCGGCUGCGGUAAAACUUGCCUGUUGAUUAGCUAUUCCCAAGGCUAUUUCCCCGAGAAAUAUGUCCCCACAGUGUUCGAAAAUUACAUUACUCAAACUGUUCACCGGGCUUCCGGGAAGACGGUCGAGUUAGCCCUCUGGGAUACAGCUGGACAGGAAGAAUAUGAUCGUUUGCGCCCUCUGUCCUACCCAGAGACAGAUCUGUUGUUUGUCUGUUUUGCAAUUGAUUGCCCUGCUUCGUUGGAGAAUGUUGUUGAUAAGUGGUACCCCGAGGUCCUGCACUUUUGCCCCACAACCCCCAUUAUCCUGGUCGGUCUCAAGUCUGAUCUCCGCAAUAAGCGCACAUGCAUUGAGCUCCUCAAGACACAAGGCUUAACACCCAUCACCCCGGAGCAAGGUGAAGCUGUGGCCCACCGGAUGGGAGCUAGCUACGUGGAGUGCAGUAGUAAGGAGAUGCGAGGUGUGGACGACGUCUUCGCCCAAGCAGUCGACACUGUUGUUGAGACUGAAACUGAAAGCUGGAAGCCCACCAAGCAAUCAUCGUCCUCGUCAAAUAACCGCAACAGUGUCAAGCCAUCUGGUGGUGGGGGCGGCCCAGGCAAGAAGAUCAAGAAGCGGUCCUGCAAGAUUCUUUAA